AUGGCUAAUAUAAAUAUUGAUAAACGAACACUUGUAUUGAUAUUUGGAUUGGUGGGAUCAAUUUUGGGAUUCAUAAUUGGAAUUUUAUUUGACCCAGCUAGUUAUAUGGUGGGGUAUUAUAUAUUUAUAACUAUUGCUGUAGUGGCUUAUACUAUAAUUGUUUAUAUAUACCAUAAUAAUUCAAGAGAUUAUAUUUUUUCAUAUGGAAUAUCUACAAUAUGGAUGUUUGUAAUAUAUAUAUUGGUCAAUAUUAUAGCAACCACCACACAUACAACUUCGGCUUGCAGACACAAUACGAAUAGUUGCGGUUUAUUUAUUACGUAUUCUAUAUUUGGUUUUAUAUCAGCAUUUUUGUUUUUAGCUGCAUCAUAUUUUUCAUUUAAAAUAACUUAUCGUUGGUAA